CAGAGAGCUCAUGCGUGAGAGGCGGGGCCUGAGCUCUCUCUUUCCGCCGGACCCGCCAUCUUGCAGUAGGGGGCAACUGUUAAAACUGAAAAAUGACGAACACAAGGGGCAAAAGGCGUGGAACCCGUUACAUGUUCUCUAGACCCUUCCGCAAGCAUGGUCCAGUGCCACUGUCAACCUAUAUGCGCAUCUACAAGAAGGGUGAUAUUGUGGACAUCAAGGGUACAGGCACAGUGCAAAAAGGUAUGCCCCACAAGUGCUACCAUGGCAAGACUGGCAGGAUCUACAAUCUCACACAGCAUGCUGUUGGUAUAAUUGUGAACAAACAAGUCAAAGGUAAGAUUCUUGCCAAAAGAAUCAAUGUCCGUGUAGAGCAUAUCCGCCACUCUAAGAGCAGAGACAGUUUCCUGCAGCGUGUGAAGGAAAACGAGAAGAAGAAAAUUGAAGCCAAGGAGAAGGGCACCUGGGUGGAGCUGAAACGUCAGCCAGCCCAGCCAAGAGAAGCUCACUUUGUCCGAACAUUUGGAAAAGAACCUGAGCUCCUCGAGCCAAUUCCUUACGAGUUCAUGGCAUAAAUUUCUGCUAUUAAAAACCAUUUUCUCAAGC